CCCCAUUUGUCGUUUUAUGUUUCCCACUCUUUGAGGAAGCAUGGUUGAUUUGGAGAGCGAAGUGCCCCCUCUUCCUCCCAGGUACAGGUUUCGGGAUUUGCUGCUAGGUGACCAAGGAUGGCAAAACGACGACAGGGUACAAGUUGAAUUCUAUAUGAAUGAAAACACAUUUAAAGAAAGACUAAAGUUAUUUUUCAUUAAAAACCAGAGAUCAAGUUUAAGAAUACGUCUGUUCAAUUUUUCACUGAAAUUAUUAAGCUGUUUAUUGUACAUAAUCCGAGUGCUGCUAGAAACCCCUUCACAAGGAAAUGAAUGGUCUCAUAUUUUUUGGGUGAACAGAAGUCUACCUUUAUGGGGCUUACAGGUUUCAGUGGCAUUGAUAAGUCUAUUUGAAACCAUACUACUUGGUUACCUCAGUUAUAAGGGAAACAUCUGGGAACAGAUUUUACGAAUACCCUUCAUCUUGGAAAUAAUUAAUGCGGUUCCAUUCAUUAUCUCAAUAUUCUGGCCUUCUUUGCGCAAUCUCUUUGUGCCAGUCUUUCUGAAUUGCUGGCUGGCGAAGCAUGCCUUGGAAAAUAUGAUCAAUGAUCUACACAGAGCCAUUCAGCGUACACAGUCAGCCAUGUUUAAUCAAGUUUUGAUUCUAAUAUCUACAUUACUGUGUCUUAUCUUCACCUGCAUUUGUGGAAUCCAACAUCUAGAACGGAUAGGAAAGAAGCUGAAUCUCUUUGACUCCCUAUAUUUCUGCAUUGUGACAUUUUCUACUGUGGGAUUUGGGGAUGUCACUCCUGAAACGUGGUCCUCCAAGCUCUUUGUCGUUGCUAUGAUCUGUGUUGCUCUUGUGGUUCUACCCAUACAGUUUGAACAGUUGGCCUAUUUGUGGAUGGAGAGACAAAAGUCAGGUGGGAACUAUAGUCGACAUAGAGCCCAAACUGAAAAGCAUGUUGUUCUGUGUGUCAGCUCACUGAAGAUUGAUUUGCUCAUGGACUUCUUAAAUGAGUUCUAUGCUCAUCCAAGGCUACAGGAUUAUUAUGUGGUGAUUUUGUGUCCGACCGAAAUGGAUGUGCAAGUUCGAAGGGUGCUGCAGAUACCAAUGUGGUCACAACGAGUUAUUUAUCUUCAAGGUUCAGCCCUGAAAGAUCAGGACCUACUGAGAGCAAAGAUGGACGAUGCGGAGGCCUGUUUCAUUCUGAGCAGCCGAUGUGAAGCCGACAGGACAUCAUCUGAUCAUCAAACAAUUUUGAGAGCAUGGGCUGUCAAAGAUUUUGCUCCAAAUUGCCCUUUAUAUGUCCAGAUAUUAAAGCCCGAAAAUAAAUUCCAUAUCAAAUUUGUUGGAGAAAAUAGAGGCCUCGUAGAAAUUUUCAAGGAAGGCCAGCAGUCGCCAGAACAAUGGCAGAAGAUGUAUGGUAGAUGCUCGGGGAAUGAAGUGUACCACAUUGUUUUGGAGGAAAGCUCAUUUUUUGCAGAGUAUGAAGGAAAGAGUUUUACAUAUGCCUCUUUUCAUGCACACAAAAAGUUUGGUGUCUGUUUGAUUGGUGUUAGGAGGGAAGAUAACAAAAACAUUUUGCUGAAUCCAGGUCCUCGAUAUAUUAUGAAUGCUUCAGACAUAUGCUUUUAUAUUAAUAUUACCAAAGAAGAAAAUUCAGCAUUUAAAAACCAAGACCAGAAGAGAAAAAGCAAUGUCUCAAGGUCAUUUUAUCACGGCCCUUCCAGAUUGCCUGUACAUAGUAUAAUUGCCAGUAUGGGCACUGUGGCUAUAGACUUGCAAGACACGAGCUGUAGAUCAGGAAGUGGCCCUACCUUAUCUCUUCCUGCAGAGGGAGGCCGAGAAACCAGAAGACCCAGCAUUGCUCCUGUUUUAGAGGUUGCAGAUACGUCAUCCAUUCAAACAUGUGACCUUCUAAGUGACCAGUCAGAAGAUGAAGCUGCACCAGAUGAAGAAGUAUCCUCCAACUUAGAGUACGCUAAAGGCUACCCCCCUUACUCUCCAUACAUAGGAAGUUCACCCACCUUCUGUCACCUUCUUCAUGAGAAAGUUCCAUUUUGCUGCUUAAGGCUAGACCAGAGUUGCCAGCAUAACUACUAUGAGGAUGCAAAAGCCUAUGGAUUCAAAAAUAAACUAAUUAUAGUUGCAGCUGAAACAGCUGGAAAUGGAUUGUACAAUUUUAUUGUUCCUCUCAGGGCAUAUUAUAGACCAAAGAAAGAACUCAAUCCCAUAGUGCUGCUAUUGGAUAACCCGCCAGAUAUGCAUUUUCUGGAUGCAAUCUGUUGGUUUCCAAUGGUUUACUACCUGGUGGGCUCUAUCGACAACCUAGAUGAUCUCCUCAGGUGCGGAGUGACUUUUGCUGCCAACAUGGUUGUGGUGGAUAAGGAAAGUACCAUGAGUGCCGAGGAAGACUACAUGGCAGAUGCCAAAACAAUUGUUAACGUCCAGACCCUUUUCAGGUUGUUUUCCAGUCUCAGUAUUAUCACAGAACUUACUCACCCUGCCAACAUGAGAUUCAUGCAAUUCAGAGCCAAAGACUGCUACUCUCUUGCUCUCUCAAAACUGGAAAAGAAAGAACGGGAGAGAGGUUCUAAUUUGGCCUUUAUGUUUCGGCUACCUUUUGCGGCUGGCAGAGUGUUUAGCAUCAGUAUGUUGGACACACUUUUAUAUCAGUCUUUUGUGAAGGAUUACAUGAUUUCUAUCACCAGGCUUCUAUUGGGACUGGACACCAUCCCAGGAUCGGGGUUUCUUUGUUCUAUGAAAAUUACUGAAGAUGAUUUAUGGAUCAGGACUUAUGCCAGACUUUAUCAGAAGCUGUGUUCUUCUACGGGAGAUGUUCCUAUUGGAAUCUACAGGACUGAAUCCCAGAAACUUACCACAUCUGAGUCUCAAAUAUCUAUCACUGUAGAAGAGUGGGAAGACGCCAAAGACAGCAGAGACCAAGGUCCCCACCGCAGCAGCCACCGCAACUCAACCUCCAGCGACCAGUCAGACCACCCGCUGCUGCGCAGGAAGAGCAUGCAGUGGGCCCGGAGACUGAGCAGGAAAGGUGCAAAGCACACUGGGAAAACAGCUGAGAAAAUAACCCAGCAACGGCUGAACCUCUACCGGAGGUCAGAAAGACAAGAGCUUGCUGAACUUGUGAAAAAUAGAAUGAAACACUUGGGUCUUUCUACAGUGGGAUAUGAUGAAAUGAAUGAUCAUCAAAGCACUCUCUCCUACAUCCUGAUCAACCCAUCUCCAGACACCAGGAUAGAGCUGAAUGAUGUUGUGUAUUUAAUCCGACCGGAUCCACUGGUAUACCUUCCCAACAGCGAGCCCAGUCGGAAGAACAGCAUCUGCAAUGCCACAGGACAUGACUCCAAGGAAGAAACUCAGCUCUGACGCACAGAGACAUUGAGAUUCCUGCCAGGACCUUGCUCAGAACAGCUCUCGCUGUCGAACAAUUGUGCUGCUGACAAAACGCAAACUCGAUUGGAAUGUGUUCAUUAUCAUAUAUUAAACAGAAAGUUCUUACAAUGAUAGACU